CGUUAGGGUUUGCCAAAGAACCAAGAGCAUCACCUAUAUAUCUUCCCCAAAUCCCUCAAAUCUUUUUCACUCAUAUCCAUCAUCACUUUCUUGUUUAGCUUCUAAAAUUAUCUGCAGUACACAAGAAAAGAUGAAAAAACUUCAACUGUAUUUGAAGAGAGAAGACUCCUCAAUAAAUUCAGCUAAUUUUAGUGUGAGAUAUAAAGAGUGCCAGAAGAAUCAUGCUGCGAGGGUUGGAGGAUAUGCUGUUGAUGGCUGCCGAGAAUAUAUGCCAAUUAGUGGGGAAGAAGGAACAAACAGCGCCUUUACUUGUGCAGCUUGCGGCUGUCACCGCAACUUUCAUAGAAGACAAGUAGUGGAAACUGAAGUUGCAUCUGAUUCUUCCUCUUCUUCUUCCUCUACCAAUAACUAACGGAUAGAGUAAAAAUUCUUUUACACUAUCGGUGUAUUGAAGCUAAACUUAUUUGAGAUUGCGAUUAGUUGUAUAAGUUAUGCAAUUUGUGUUUGAGCAUGAGUGGAUUUAAUUGUAGAAACUAGGGAAGGCUCCAGCUUCCUAAUUUUAUUUAGUACUUGUAGUGUUUGGCUUUGGCGUAACUGGUAAAGUUGCUGCCAUGUGACCAGGAGGUCACGGAUUCAAGCCGUGGAAACAGCAUCUGGCAGAAAUGCAAGGUAAGGUUGUGUAUAGAUCUUUGUAGUCUGGCCCUUCCCGCGAUCCCGCGCAUAGCGGGAGCUGAGUGCACCAGGCUGUCCUUUAGUGUUUGGCUUUGCUUAUAUAUGUGGAAGUGAGAUUGUUGGUAAUGAUUUUGCAUGGUUGAUUGUCAAGGGUGAACCUCUCAUUUGAUAAACUAUUAGUCUAUUUUUUCUACUUGUCUUAACGAAAAAUUAGGCUAUAGUAGUAUUUUUUUGUUCA